GUUGCACUCUCCUGGCAGGGCCGUCACUCCCCUCGGUGCACGUGUGCACACACACUCCCCACAGCCGCACGCUGGCCACACGGGUGCCACGGGAGAUACACUCACUCCUACUCCCAACCCCAAACAAUCCCACCUCUUCCUCAGCCGCUGCUGAGUCCUAGACCUGCUGUUUUUACCACGUUCCCGUAACCUGCCAGUGCCUGAAAAGAGAAGACAUGGGGGCUCCUCCACCCAAGGCGAAAGGGACCUUGGCCCAGUUCCAGAACCUUCUGACCUCCUGGCUGUUCAGAGAGAAAGACUGGGAUCAGCGCCUGGACGAGGCCCAUAUGCUGCAACAGAAGAGGAUUCGAGAAUCUCCACUGUUUUGGGCAGCCAAGGAGAAUGAUCUGUGUCUCCUGAAGAAACUCCUGCUAGACCGAACCUGCGACUUCCGCCAAAGAGGAGCGCUGGGGGAGACAGCGCUGCACGUAGCGGCCCUCUAUGACAACCUGGAGGCGGCUAUGGUGCUGAUGGAAGCAGCCCCGGAGCUGGUGAAGGAGCCCACCACGUGCGAGCCAUUUGUAGGUCAGACUGCACUGCACGUAGCCAUCAUGAACCAGAACGUGAACUUGGUGCGAGCCCUGCUGGCCCACGGGGCCAGCGUCUCUGCGAGAGCUACAGGCACAGCUUUCCACCUCAGCCCCCACAAUCACCUCUACUUUGGUGAGCACCCUUUGUCCUUUGCCGCCUGCGUGGGCAGUGAGGAGAUGGUGCGGCUGCUCCUUGAACACGGCGCUGACCUCCGGGCCCAGGACUCCCUGGGAAACACAGUGCUGCACGUCCUCAUCCUGCAGCCCAACAAAACCUUUGCCUGCCAGAUGUACAACCUGCUGCUGUCAUACGAUGGGCAUGGGGCCCACCGGCAGUCCCUGGACCUGGUGCCCAACCACCAGGGCCUGACGCCCUUCAAGCUUGCUGGAGUGGAGGGCAACACCGUGAUGUUCCAGCACCUGAUGCAGAGGCGGAAGCACAUCCAGUGGACUUACGGACGGCUGACCUCCACUCUCUAUGACCUCACGGAGAUCGACUCCUGGGGAGAGAAGGUGUCCUUUCUAGAGCUCGUGGUCUCCUCCAAGAAGCGGGAGGCUCGCCAGAUCCUGGAACAGACCCCAGUGAAGCAGCUGGUGAGCUUCAAGUGGAAGAGAUACGGGCGGCCCUACUUCUGCCUGCUGGGCGCCUUGUACGUGCUCUAUAUCAUCUGCUUCACCAUGUGCUGCGUUUACCGCCCCCUCAAGUUCCGUAGUGGCAAUCGCACAGAUGCCCGAGAUAUCACCCUCCUGGAACAGAAGCCACUACAGGAGGCCUAUGUGACUGAACAGGAUAAAAUCCGGCUGGUGGGGGAGCUGGUGACCAUCGCUGGGGCUGUGAUCAUGCUGUUCCUUGAGAUCCCGGAUAUCGUCAGGGUUGGCGCCUCUCGCUAUUUUGGACAGACCGUCCUUGGGGGGCCGUUCCAUAUCAUCAUCGUCACCUAUGCCUUCCUGGUGCUGGUGACCAUGCUGAUGCGGCUCACCAACACCACCGGGGAGGUGGUGCCCAUGUCCCUCGCCCUGGUGCUGGGCUGGUGCAGCGUCAUGUACUUCGCGCGAGGAUUCCAGAUGCUGGGCCCCUUCACCAUCAUGAUCCAGAAGAUGAUAUUUGGAGACCUAAUGCGUUUCUGCUGGCUGAUGGCUGUGGUUAUUCUGGGAUUUGCUUCAGCGUUCUUUAUCAUUUUCCAGACAGAGGACCCAAGGAAGCUGGGGGAAUUCUACGACUACCCCACGGCCCUGUUCAGCACCUUUGAGCUUUUCCUCACCAUCAUCGAUGGCCCUGCCAACUAUGACGUGGACCUGCCCUUCAUAUACGCCAUCACCUAUGCUGUCUUCGCCAUCAUCGCCACGCUGCUCAUGCUCAACCUGUUCAUUGCCAUGAUGGGUGACACUCACUGGCGGGUGGCCCAAGAGCGGGAUGAGCUCUGGAGGGCCCAGGUCGUGGCCACCACGGUGAUGCUGGAGAGGAAGAUGCCUCGCUUCCUGUGGCCUCGCUCUGGGAUCUGUGGGUGCAAGUACGGACUGGGGGACCGCUGGUUCCUGCGGAUAGAGAGCCACCACGAUCAGAACCCUUUGCGCAUGCUUCGCUAUGUGGAAGCUUUCAAGUCCUCCGACAAGGAGGAAGGACAGGAGCAUCUUUCUGAGAAGCAGCCCUCCAUGGUUGACAGCGGGACUCUAGCCAGAGCCUCCCUGACCCUUCCCACGCCCUCCCUGUCCCGGACCACAUCCCGCAGCAGCGGCAGCCACUGGGGCUGGGAGGUCCUUCGUCGCAACACACUGGGACACGUGAAUCUUGGACUGGACCUUGGCGAUGGUGAUGGCGAGGAAAAUAUCUAUUUAUGAUUUGGAGCCCUGUUACUCUUGCUGCAACUUCGGGUGGCCUGGCGGGGAGUAGAGAAAGAGACACUUUCCCAUGCAAGGAGCUACCUUCCACGCCUGUUAAUCAUGGGAGGAGGUGGACAGAGCAAUUGUUAAAGGCCGCGUCUCACCCUUCACCUAAAUGUGUCUGGAGAUGGGCAAUGGGUACCUGUUGUCCCACAUUCCUUCUGUGUUCUUGGAAGUCGCACAUCUUAGAAAAAGAAGGUAUCUUUUCAAGCAAAGCUGGACCUCAAAGGCCUCAAAGACAUGAGGUAGGUGUGCUGGGCUGAUGUCUGGAUCCUCUCUCCGUCUGCCCCCAGCAGGCCCUAGAAAGUAGUCAGCUGUGCAGCCUGCCUGCUGCCACCUGCUGAAUGUGGCAAGAGCCAGGCGUGGCACUGAGAUCAAGGCCACUUAUUCCUGUGCCCCUGUAGAACUGAGUCCCUGCCUAGCAACCAAACCCCAACUGGGAAACUGCAAGAAGAAAGGUUCUUUACCCCUGUUUUAGUAAAACAUAUAUAUUGUGGCAAGAUACACGUAACGUGAAAUUUACCAUUUUAACCAUUUUUAGGUGUUACAAUUCAGUGGCAUUAAUUCCGUUCACGUUGUUGUGCAACUGUCACCAGUAUUCUUCUAUAGAACUUUUGCAUCAUGCCGCGCUGAAACUCUUGUACAAUUAGACACGAACUCACCACUAUCCCUUCCCCGCUGCCCCGAUGACCAAUAUUCUACUUCCUGUUGUAAAUGUAACUAUUCUAGGUACCUCAUAAUGGUGGAAUCGUACAAUAUUAGUUCUAUGAUGUCUGAUGUAUUUCACUUAGCAUAGUGUUUUCAAGAUUCAUCCAUGUUGUAGCACGUAUCAGGAUUUCAUUCGUUUUUAAAGGUCGAAUAAUAAUUUAAUUGUAUACAUAUACAAAUAUUGUUUAUCCAUUCAUCCAUCGAUGGACAUUUGGGUUGUUUCCACCUUUUGGCUAUUGUGAGUAGUACUGCUAUGGACAUUGGUGUAUAAUUAUCUAAGCUCUUGCUUUCAAUUCCUUUGGGUAUAGACCUAGACGUGGAAUCGCUGGAUCUUAUGGCCAUCCAUGUUUAAUUUUUUUGAGGAACUGUCACACGGUUUUCCACAGUGGCUGUGCUAUUUUACAUUUCCUCCAGCAAUCUACAAGGGUUCCGAUUUCUCCACACCCUCACCAGUAUUUGUUACUUUCUGGGUAUUUUUGGAUAGUACCCUUCCUAAUGGGUAUAAAGUGGUAUCUUACUGUGGUUUUGAUGUGUGUU